AUGUCCUGUUUUAUUCCCAAUUUUAUUUUACAUUUUGCAAACAUGAUUAACCACACAAUCAUCGGAAUCUUCGUUUUAUGGACCAUAUUUAUGGGACCUUGCUUAGACUGUUGUCGGGGACAAGUUCUCUACAAAUCAGAUAACUGCUGCUAUGAAUGUUAUCUGAAAAAAACUGCAGGCACAUCAUCUGUUACCGACGGCCAUCAAGAAGGAACUGCAAGAAAAAUUGCAUUUAGUGUCGACUUUAACGGAUUUUCUCAACGCCUCAACAACAUCAAUCAAAUAUUGGUAUAUAAAAAUGUCCUUAUCAACCAUGGCUCUGGAUAUAAUGCCAACACUGGUAUAUUCACAACACCCGAAGCUGGAACUUAUGCAUUCUUCUUCUCCGUUCAAGUUCAGGUGAACGUGCGUUUGUUAUGCGUUCUGAUGUUGAAUGGGAAAACAGUUAGCGAGAGCUUGGCAGGCCAAAUACUAGACUUCAAUACUGGAAGCAACAUGGUUAUCCUUCCGUUAGAGAAAGGAGAUAAAGUUUGGGUGCAGACCCAUUCCACAAUCCGAGACUGGAUCAACUGGUCUGGUGAAGUCAUUGUGGAGUAUUCUGGAAACAGUUUUUCUGGUUUUCUGAUAUUCUAGGAUAAGAAUAUUUAAAACAAUUGAUCAGCUAUGUUUGACUAUUAUUGCUCUCUUUUAUAUUUCACCGCUUCAUUUGCAAUAUCAAAUCGCCGCUCACUGAAACAAAAAUCAUAUACAGAAAAAUCUAUCACAUCUUUAUUUUUGUUAAAUUGUAUGAAUUUCAAUAUCAAAUAGGUAGGUAAUAUUUGAUGAAAAAUAUUGGUGUUUCUUUUACAAUUGACACAUUACUGACAGUUUUUAAUAGAGAAUCAAAUAAAAAAAUAAAAAAACCAAAACCUUCCUCACUGUGAAAAAAGACAUUUAUUAACAGUUUUGUACUUUGAGUUAACACAAUACCCACUUAUAGGGGCAUGGUCACGAUUUUGGUCAAAUCUUAUUUUUAUUUUUUUAUUAUUUGCAAUGCUUUAUGAAUGCAUUUCUAAUGAUCAAAUAAAAUAUAGGUGUCAGUCGUUAAGUUUUAAACAAGAUGCAGAGCUCACAAUUCUUCGUCAUGUAAACAAGGCUCGUGCCCUCUUUUUGUUUACAUGUGUUCAAUAUACCAGUAAAAAUCUUUUUAAAGCUGGUUUGUUUAUCUUAUUAUUAAUUUUAAGCAUAAAUAAACAGUUCCUAACGAUCAACACAUUUAUUUAAGAUCUAAAACUGGAAUUUUCACUUCAACAUUCGAAAUGUAAACAAACGCUUUGUUUACAUUACGAAGAAUUGUGAGCUAUGUAACUCGCUUAUACCUCAUCAAAUGACACUCAAAUUUUGGUUGCUUAUUGAAAAUGCCUUACUUUACCAUUGUAAACAUUAAAAUCGAAAUUUUUGACCAAAAUCGUGACCAUGCCCCUUUAAAUGGAAGAACAUUUGAUAACUUAAUGAUUUUUUACUGAUGUAAAGUUCAAAAUGUUUUUGUCUCUAGUCCAUUAGUUUUUCAUGACAAAAAAAAUAUAUUUAAUAGAACACUUUAUUUUGUAUAUUUAUAUGCGCUCUGAUUAAAGGCGGAUACUAGUAUGUAAGGCUUAAAAAAAUACAUGUAUAACACCAGUGAAUACAUCUGCAUCUACACUCUCAUAAAAAAUACAUGCCUUUUGUAUUCUUCUGUUACAAAGAAUCAUUUACUCAUUUGCUUCCUUGUUUAUUAUACAAAGAUUUUAAUUUAAAUAUACUUUUGAUCUCACAAUAUGCAAUCAUUA